GGAAGUGUUUUAAGUCAGAAGCAGCCACGCUGCCGGAAGCUUCAUUGUAAUGGGCCGCAACAAGAAGAAGAAAAGAGAUGGAGAUGACCGGCGGCCCCGGCUCAUCCUCAACUUUGAUGAAGAGAAGCGGCGGGAGUACCUGACAGGCUUCCACAGGCGGAAGGUAGAGCGCAAGAAGGCAGCCAUAGAAGAGAUUAAGCAGCGGCUUAAGCAAGAGCAGAAGAAGCUUCGAGAAGAGCGCCACCAGGCAUACCUGAAGAUGCUGGCAGAAAGAGAAGAGGCACUAGAGGAGGCAGAUGAGCUGGAGCGGCUGGUGACAGCAAAGACAGAGUCGGUGCAGUAUGACCACCCCAAUCACACAGUCACUGUGACCACUAUCAGUGACCUGGACCUCUCAGGAGCCCGGCUGCUUGGUCUGCCCCUGCCUGAGCAAGGGGACCAGGAUGGGUCCCAGGAGGAGGAGAUGUCAUCCAUGGAAAAGCCAACAAAAGCCUUGCCCAAGAAGUCCAAAGAUCCCCUGCUCUCUCAGCGCAUCUCCUCCCUCACAGCUACACUGCAUGCACACAGUCGGAAGAAGGUUAAGAGGAAACACCCCCGGCGGGCACAGGACUCCACCAAGAAACCUCCAAGUGCCACUCGUACCAGCAAGACCCAGCGCCGCCGCCGGAUGACUGGAAAAGCCAGGCACAACGGGGAGUAGGCCCUCAAGCUUGUGGGUCCCCAGCCUGAGUCCUUGGCUGUCCCUAUAAUCCAGCUUACACCAAGGGUUAACUCCAGCCUAAGACUGAAAGUUAGGACUUUUCCAGCCUGGGGUCAUUCUUGCUUUGAUUCACCUGGGGUUUGAGCCCAGAAGGAAUGGACUCCUGAGAGCCCAGGUUCCCAGAGCCUGCAGAACAGUGUUGGGCUUGUUCGCAAUGUACAUCCACCUGGGACUGACCAGAUCUUUGAAACUC